UGUUCGAAUUUCCCCUCGCAAAAAUAAAUUUCCCCUUUUUAAGCAUCAGCAAAAUAAUUGCACACAUUUAUAUUAAAAUGAAAAAAAAACAGAAAGGAAAGGCGUGUUUCUUCCUCCUCCUACUCUCGCCAUAAUUCCUUUUUCUCGAAAAUCUUGAAUUCCAUACCCACUGCCAGCGUCCCGCAAUCCCAAAAUUAGGGUUCAUAAAAUUCCCUUCAAAACCCUAAUCCUGAAAUCAGAUUCUCCCAUUAGUGUCUUGUUCACCGCUAUUUAAUCACCUCAACAUUCUAAUUUACAUGAUCGGAUUCGUAUACCAACUCGCACAUAAAAAUUUCCCGAAACCCAAUAAAAAAUCUCCCCUUUUUCCUUAACUAUCUUAUCUAUACAGUGUAACUCCUUAUGGAUGUGGAUGGGGGAAGAAGGAUUUUUAACCGCCUCGGACCGUCGUCUUCAAGUGAUAACCUGAAUAACAACAGUAGGCAGCAGAAGGUGUGUUUUCAUUGGGAAAAUGGAAAGUGCACGAGAAAUCCGUGCCCCUUUUUGCACGCAGAGCUGCCGACGGCGGCGAAUGGCAAGAGGGGGCACCAAGGUUUCGGGGCGGAGGAUAAUUACCGUGGCGGUGGCGGAUUACGGAGGAGCGGGAACUAUAAUUUUAGUAAUAAUAAUUCAUGGGGCAGGCCGCAGUCGCAGCACCCCGCAAGUGGCAAUAGGAAUUUCGUUAGGAAAGUUGAGAAAAAAAUCUGCAACUAUUAUGUGCAAGGGAGCUGUAGAUACGGGGAGAAUUGUAAAUUUUUGCAUCAGUGGUCCACGGAUUGCUUUACCUUAUUGACGCCGCUCGAGGGGCACAAACAGGCUGUCACAGGGAUUACUUUGCCUUCGGGGUCUGAUAAGCUUUACUCUGGGAGUGAAGAUGAGACUGUCAGAGUUUGGGACUGCCAAUCUGGUCAGCUGGCAGGCGUAGUGAAUUUGGGAUGUUCAGUAGGCUGUAUGCUAAGUGAAGGUCCAUGGGUGUUCGUGGGUUUGACAAAUCUUGUCAAGGCAUGGAAUGUCCAAACAUCAAUGGAGCUCAGUUUAAGCGGACCUGUUGGACAAGUGUAUUCCCUUGUUGUUGGAAAUGAUCUACUCUUUGCCGGUAACAAGGAUGGGACAAUAUUGGCAUGGAAAUUCAAUGCAGCUACCAACUGCUUUGAACCAGCUGCAUCACUCAAGGGUCACACUCUUGCUGUCGUGACACUAGUUGUCGGUGGUAACAGAAUGUACUCUGGAUCCAUGGACCACACUAUUAAAGUAUGGAGCCUGGAAACUUUGCAAUGUAUCCAAACUUUAGCGGGACAUAACCAUGUUGUGACAUCUGUUUUGUGUUGGGAUCAGUUCCUUUUAUCAGCUUCAUUGGACAACACUGUAAAGGUCUGGGCUGCAACUGAGGCUGGUAAUUUGGAAGUAACAUAUACCCAUACAGAGGAACAGGGUUUAAUCACUCUAUGCGGGAUGCAUGAUUCAGAAAGUAAACCAGUGUUGUUCUGCUCCUGCAAUGACAAUUCUGUUCGAGUCUAUGAUUUGCCAUCAUUCUCGGAGAGGGGGAAGAUCUACUCUAAGGAGGAGGUCCGCAGCAUACAAAUUGGCCCCGGUGGUUUAUUUUUCACCGGUGAUGGAUCGGGUCAAGUAAGAGUAUGGAAGUGGUCGGCCGAAUCAACCGCUACUUCAUGAGAAGCUGGUUGUAGUGGAUGCUAGUCGGUUUUAUUUUAGUACCGGUGUUGAAUCUAAACGAGCGUGUCAGUUCCAAACGAAGAAGAUCGGAAUAUGAAAGUGGACAGCAGAACCAACAUUAUGAGAAGCAACUUAUUGUAUCAUUUUUCUCUUGUCGUGUCAAUUGUACAACUUCACCUAAUUGAAGUUUGAGAAAUAAACCAGUUUUGAGUUUUUUUGUCAUUCUCCCUUUACUCUGAUAGGUUUUGUUAGUUGCUUAAGUAUCUCAAAUGUCUGUGUAACGCGAUCAUGAUUGGAUAUUUAUGAAUAAAAUUUCUUUAAUAGAAAUCCAAUUUGGGUUUCAUGUCAA